CAAAUCUCGCUUGUUUAUGUUUUGACAUCUUCUGGUGGAGAGCCAAGAAGCAGCACACAACUUCGAACCCGAGGAGACCGUCAGCGUCCACCGGCUCGGAUAAAAACCGACAGGAGAGAAGAUGGCGUCCGACUCCCCGCGCAGACCGAGCCGCUGUGCUGGAGGGGUUCUGGUGCGAGCACAAGCUGCCACGGAGCAGUCUUACAUGGAAAGCGUGGUGACCUUCCUGCAGGAUGUCGUCCCCCAGGCAUAUACUGGUUCUCCACUCACUGAUGAUAAAGAGAAGAUAAUAUGGGUUCGCUUUGAGAAAGCUGACUUCAACGACACUGCUUGCAACCCAGAGUUCAUGGAGAUGCACAGUGGAACUACUGACCCUCCCCUCUGCCUCAUGAUUGGCUACACGGAUGGGAUGCAGGUCUGGGGCGUAUCUUUGGCAGGCGAAGCCCAGGAGCUGUUCUCGGUGCGUCAUGGUCCCGUGCGAGCUGCUCGCAUUCUGCCAGCACCUCAUAUCAGUCCUCUGAAGAUGGACAGUUUUGCUGAGAAGAGGCCGUUGCUUGGGGUUUGCAAGAGCACAGGCUCCUCUGGGACAAGCCCCCCCUACUGUUGUGUCGACCUGUAUUCUCUACGGACAGGGGAAAUGGUCAAAUCAAUUCAAUUCAAGACCCCGAUCUACGAUCUUCACUGCAACAAACAUAUUCUUGUGGUGAGCCUGCAAGAGAAGAUUGCUGCAUUCGACAGCUGCACCUUCACCAAGAAGUUCUUUGUCACAAGUUGCUUUCCCUGCCCUGGCCCCAGCCUCAAUCCAAUAUCUCUUGGAAGCCGUUGGCUAGCCUAUGCCGAGAACAAGCUGAUAAGAUGUCACCAGUCUCGUGGAGGAGCUUGUGGUGACAAUGCACAGUCCUACACUGCGACAGUGAUUAAUGCUGCCAAAACUCUAAAGACAGGCCUGACCAUGGUGGGCAAAGUGGUCACCCAGUUGGCAGGCACCAUACCAGCAGGCACUCCAGAUGAGGAGGGCACACCUCAUAACACGAGCCGCCGCAGUCCCCACAACCCUGGUGUGGUCACCAUCAUCGACACAGACAAUGUUGGCGAAGGGCAGGUUGUGGUGAGUGAGGACUCUGACGGAGAGGGAGUGGUGGCUCACUUCCCAGCUCAUGACAAACCCAUAUCCUGCAUGCAAUUCAACCCCAGUGGAUUGCUGCUGGUGACCACCGACACUCUAGGCCAUGAUUUCCACGUCUUCCAGAUCCUCACCCAUCCGUGGGCUUCCUCACAGAGUGCCGUCCACCAUCUCUACACCCUGCAUCGUGGGGAAACUGAGGCCAAGGUCCAGGACAUCUGUUUCAGCCCGGAUAGUCGCUGGGUAGCAAUCAGCACCCUUCGCGGCACAACCCACGUCUUCCCCAUCAACCCCUACGGGGGUGCACCCUGUGCGCGGACACACAUGUCCCCGCGGGUGGUCAACCGGAUGUCUCGCUUUCAGAAGAGCGCCGGCCUGGAGGAGAUUGAGCAGGAGCUGAACAGGGCGGCUGCGCUAGGUGGCAUCGGAGGAGGUGGUUGCAUUCUGGGUGGAGGAGGCAUCGGGGGCCGCUGUAGUCCCAUACCAGGAAUGUCCAGCAGCCCCUCAGGGUCUCCGCUGCACGCCAAGCUGAACAACCAGGAUUCGUACAACAACUUCACCAACAACAACAUGGGGAACCCGAGGCUGUCCCCGCUGCCCAGCCUCACUGUGGUGCUGCCUCUGGCUCAGAUCAAACAGCCCAUGACCCUGGGAACCAUCACAAAACGCACCGGACCCUACCUCUUUGGGGCAGGAUGUUUUGCCAUUAAAACUCCAUGCAAAACUAAGCCGCCUCCCCAGAUUUCUCCAAGUAAAUCCAGCGGAGGAGAGUUCUGUGUGGCCGCCAUCUUUGCCUCGUCCCGCUCCUGGCUCCUAACCAACCCCAACAUGAAACGAGAGAAAGAUCAGUCUAGGCAGUCGGUCGUGGACUCACUGUAUAUCCUCAGUUGCUACGGUAACUUGGUGGAACAUGUCCUGGAGCCUCGGCCGAUCAGCACUGCUCCGAAGAUCAGCGAUGACACACCUCUGGAGCUCAACACCUGUCCCAGGGCCUGCUGGACUCUGGCGAGGACCCCUCAGUGGAAUGAGCUGCAGCCACCCUUCAACUCAAACCAUCCCCUGGUGUUGGCCUCGGACCUGGUGCAGUACCAUCAGUACCUCCUGGCUGCGAUUCCUCUGGGGAGUCCAGGGCCAAUCACACGUCACGAGUCAUCAGACAGUCUGGCAUCGGACCACAGUGGCCAGGAGGAUGAGGAGUGGCUCUCUCAGGUAGAGAUAGUGACCCAUACUGGGCCCCACCGGCGCCUCUGGAUGGGCCCCCAGUUUCAGUUUAAGACCAUUCACCCUUCUGGCCAGACCACAGUCAUCUCCUCCUCAUCCUCAGUGCUUCAGUCCCAGGGCCCAACUGAUGUCCCACAACCUCUUUUGGACUUUGACACCGACGACCUAGACUUGCACAGCCUCAGGAUCCAGCCGGUGCGUUCUGAGCCAGUUAGCAUGCCCUGCUCAUCAAGGUUGAUGGCUGAUCGUCGUGGACAGACGAACAUCAUGGAUGCAGGAUCAGGAACAUUUGAUGGACGUGGUGUGACCCUGCUCGAGGUGUGUGGUAGCUGGCCGGAAAGCUUUGGCGUGCCGCGGCACCACAUCGGGUCGGCGGACGCCAGCGACGAAGGCCUGCGGGAGAGACUGGCGGAUGCCAUGUCUGAGUCCCCGUCCAGGGAGAUCGUAGGAUCGGCGACAGAGCUGCAGAGGGAAGGCAGCAUCGAGACCCUGAGCAACAGCUCGGGUUCCACCAGCGGCAGCAUCCCGCGCAACUUCGAGGGCUACCGCUCGCCCCUGCCCACCAACGAGAGCCAGCCGCUCAGCCUCUUCCCCACCAACUUCCCCUAGCAUCCCACCUCUUCUCCCCAUCAGCGUCCAUCCCACCUGACCCCCCCCCCCCCCCCCUUUCUUGGAUUGGAUUUGAAGACUAAUUAUUUUUAACUGAAGCUGCCAGUGGCUGUAUCUUUUGUAAAAUUCAAAUUAUCUAAAUGUGACCGUUUCAAUGCCAAAAUCGUUCCUAAAAUGAAAAUUGUAUUCGUGGCCUUCACAUAUUUAUUGUAGACUUAAAAAAAAAACACAUUUCAAAGAUUAAUAGACACAAAAUAUGUUUGGGCAGGACAUUUUAAUUAGCGAUAAAAUGCUGUUUCAUCACAGAGUAUUUUCAAACAGCUGAGUUCAGAGAGGGACUUUCUUAAUUUUCAAUAUUAGAACUUUAAUAAGAGACUAGUAUGCGCCCAGCUAAUCAAUCCAGCCCUGCUUGUUACCUUGUUGUGUUGCAUCAUAGUUCAGAAACCGGCCGUCCUUUUUCUCCCCUGCCGCUGAGGUCUGCUCCCUCCUGAGUCUGCCAUCAUUCUGUGUGUGUUUGAAGUUUAACGGCGUGCCUGUCGUCUGGACGAGCCGUAAGAGAAGGGAGCGCACGCAGAGGAAAAAUGUUUAUUCCAGUCAGUGACGUGUAGCAGCUCCUUUUCCCUGUGUGCGUGUUGCUGCUCUCAUGGCCUAAUGUUUCCGAUUAAAUUUGGUCUUUCAUGCCUUUGAUUUUCAUGUAAUUACAUUUAACAAAAGAUGCAGUAAUGAGAUGACACUAUGACUAAGUGGCUGAAAUAAUUUCGAUGUUUACAGUGUCGUUGGGAAAUGUCUCUGAAAUGGUUUCGAUAUAUUCCCCAUGCAGCCUUUCCAGAUAAUAAACUUUGAUUGAGCCUGCAUGUCUUUUUUUAACAUUAGCAACUUUUGACCAAAUUCUUUUUUCCUGUCUCCAGUUAGAGAUCUCUAAAAACAAAUUGUAUUUUCCUUAAAUGUUCUAGCUUUACCCGUAGAAACAGGGAUUGACUUUGAUAAUCAGAAACGUCUUUUAUUAAUUACCUCUGCCUGUUUAUUUGUCCUGAGACUUGGUGAAGAAUUAAAUGCACUAUUUAAACAGUCACCAGUUACAGAUAUGAAUGAUAAUAGAGGGCAUGAAUCUACUUGUUCUAACUUUGGGGGGAAAUGCUUGUUGUUAACGCUCAGAUUUGAGUCGUAUUUUUCUUUUCUUUUUUUCUGCAUUCAUGCAAGUUAAAACAUAAUAAAGCCGGAGGAAAUGUAA